UGUCCCAUCAAACGGGGAUUUCCGUAAACUGGGAAUUCCAACUACGCUGAUUCUGUGGUUAGGGUUCAGACCUCCGAAACUAGAAUGCAGAACACAGUGACGAUGGCGCCACCGAACGCGGAACCAGCAACUGUUGGCCUAACAGCCCCAACCAAUAGCACGAUAUCCGUGACAAAAUUUGCCAACUUUGAAUUCAUUCAUCAGUUACCGAGAAUGGAGACAAAAAGGCUGUCUGCCUUGUUGGAGAUUAAUAACAAAUGGUACGAUCUGGGCGUGAAGCAUAUGGGCUACGCGAGGGCGGAUUUGGAGGGAAUCCGACGGUGUUGCCACCAAAACAGACGAUCACCAGGUGAAGGACUUUUAGAAAAUUGGGCUAACUAUAAUCACACCAUUACGGAACUUUUCGUUGUGCUUUCGCGCGAACACCUGUACGAAUGCAUGGAGAUCAUCAAACGCUACGUCGAUCCGCGCUAUCACGUGUGGAUAAAACAACCCAAGGCAGGUGCUGCAAUGGGAGCUCUGGGAACCUUCUCCGGCACCGAUGCUAACAAUAAUCCAAACAUACGGAACGGUACCCCGAAUGGCACGAAUGGAGGCGUACGUGGCCCGAAUGAACCAUCGCCGCUACUGCAGCCGACAAAGGGGCCAACAAAUCGUAACGAGCCGGCCAAUGGGUCGAACUCGAAAGAAAACUCACCGUUUGCGAACGAAAUGGCUGACCUGUCCGGGAUGAUACCGAAAAUCAACUACGAAGACCUCACGGCCGCCACCGACAACUGGAGCGAGCGUAACAUACUCGGGAAAGGUGGCUUCGGAACGGUUUACCGGGGUGUGUUCAAGCACACGUAUAUGGCCAUUAAGAAGCUCGACUACAAUAAGAUGAAGACGAGAGAUGCGGAUCAUGUUCAACUGCAGCAAAGCAUCAACGAGUUGCGCUUUCUGAAUGCCUGUCGUCAUGACAACAUCGUACCACUGUUUGGAUACAGUAUCGGAAAGGAACCAUGUCUUGUGUAUCAGUACAUGCCGGGGGGAUCGUUGGACAAGAGCCUUUUUGCGCGUCGUCCUGCAUCGCCGCUUACGUGGAAGGAACGCAUGAACAUUGCGCGAGGAACGGCUAAAGGCCUCCAGUACCUACACACCUUCUGCGAGAAACCGUUCAUCCACGGCGACAUCAAACCGGGCAACAUUCUACUGAACGAGUUUAAACAGCCACGCAUCGGCGACUUCGGCCUGACGCGCCAGGGUGCCCGGCAGGACACGUCUAUGGUGGUGUCGCGCGUGUACGGCACCCGGCCGUACAUCCCGCGUGAAUUCUACGACCGAAAGGAGCUCAGCACCAAGGUGGACACGUACAGCUUUGGCGUGGUGCUGUACGAAAUCGGUACCGGACUGCGCGCCUGGGACGAACGGCGCACGGAUAAGCAUCUGAAGGACUACAUUGCCCGGGCCGUGCACGCCAACGUCCACGUGUCCGAGCUGAUGGACAAGUCGCUGCCGGACACGGAUGCGGACGGUUUGCGGUUCUGCUACAACAUGCUGAUGGCCGGCCACCUGUGCACGGCCGACGAUCCCAAACAGCGCCCGGAUAUGGUAGCCGUAAUGUGGCAUCUGGAAAAGGCGUGAUUGCAUUCAUCAACUGUGUGGAAAUGGCACAACUUUAUGAAAACAAAAGCAAUGCUUCACUUUCGAGAUACUUUCUGCAAAUGUGCCUUACGAAACGUCUGUUAGUUAUAUAUUGUUCAAGACGAUUCUAUUUUCUUUGAAGAUAGUUGAAUCAAAGCAUACAACCUAUGAUUGAAGCUGCAAUGUUUGCAAAACAUUCCCUUUUUCAUUCAAAUUACUAUAAAAAGAAACAGAAAUGUUAGCUAUUUUAUAAAACCUUCGAUUUGUUGGAGCCAUUGAUAUUUUCCAAUAAUACUUCCACUUUACUUUUAUAAUAAUAAAACUUUUGGAUAAAAAUUAAUUUCUCUCGUUAAUUUGUUCUCUCAGUGCAUAAGAAAAUACUCAAACCAGAACUGCUAGUAUUUUUAAAUAGUUUUUAUUUUGUUCUUUUUUUCCAGUAAUUUUAUCCUCAGUGAUAAUCAUAUUUUACCAUAUUAGAUAGUUUAUACCUACAGCUGUUGCUUCUGAGUGUUCUCCCUUUUAUUUUUAUCUUCGUUUCAUUUUCGUUUGACUUUUUGCCUCUUUCGAUCCUCUGAUCGGAU